AUGACUGAAGUAGACGUCAAGAAAAGUAAAAGUAAAGUAUCCAUGCAUCAAGUUAAAAGUCAAUCGGCUACAAGAUCACAAAUGAUUCUUGGUCCAAAAUCAACCAGCAGGCUAAAGGUCAGAAGACAGUCGUUUGGUUUCUCCGGUGUACCCGGGAUAAGACCAGUUGAAAGGACUUCACAGACAGCAAUAGAGUUCAAACGUCCACCGUUAUACUAUCUGCCUACCUACCAGUUGGAUUCCAAUAAUCCAUUUCAUGUACCUUUGGUUAGAGCUGCAACAGAUGAAACACUUGAUGAACAUUUUACGGGUCAUAAGUACAACAUGCAGGAAUCUCCAGCUCUAGCUCUUCGUAUAGCAGGAGAACUCAUGCGCAAAGUGAAGGCGAUGCAGUUCAAUCGCUAUCGCGUCAUCAGUGUCGUUACAAUCGCCCAAAAACGAGCUCAGUCAUACAACAAUACUAUAGCAUUUCUGUGGGACCACGAGCGGGACAAUUAUGUAGAUGUCCAAAGAGAAGUUCAUACUGCAUUUAUUCAAGUCACUACAUUUGGUGUGUAUUUCGAUUGA